CGUCCCCACUCUUCAGGACCGCGUGUGUGUGUGUUAGUGACAGUAGCAGCACUUGCUACUUACGAGGAGCAGCGAUGGCUCCAGGCAUCUCGGCCCCGUGGCCGAGGGUACGGCGGUGGUCGUGGUGGAUGACGCUUCUGAUCGUGACCUUGACGACGAUCGAUGGUGUGUCCGCUGCGAAGAAACCUGAGGCGACUGGAGGAGGGUCAGCGACAAAAGUGAAGGAAGAACCGGUGAUUGAAGAGGUGACAGCCAAACAGUUGGAACGGGUGUUGAACGAAAAGGAUUUUGUGGCAGUGUUCUGGUAUGCGAGGAGCUGUCUGACAUGCGACAAAGUCCUUGCCGAGCUCGAGAAGAUUGAUGACGACACAGAUACCUUCGGAGUGGACUUUGUCAAAAUCAACGACAAAAGACUCGCAAAGCACUAUGGGAUCAAGAACUUCCCCGCUCUCACGUACUUCCGAGAGAAGGAACCUAUUAUUUACGAAGGAGAUCUCAUGGAUGAAGAAAAUGUACUGGACUUUCUCACCAGUCUCGAAGCAAUGGAUCUCCCGGAUAGGAUCGAGGAAGUUAACGCCAGGAUCCUGUCCAAGAUUGUUCAAGAUACCGACUACGUAGCCGUGCUUUUCUGUCCAGACACGAAGACUUGUCCACCAAAUGGUUCAAAUAAACCAGAAUGCAAGAAAUGCGUAAAGGCCCUACAAGAAUUGGAGAACAUUGACGAUGAGGCAGAUCAGCUUGGGAUCGGCUUCGUGAAGAUUGCCGACGAAGCCCUGGCGGAUGAAUACAACCUGGAGCAACUCCCGGCUCUGGUAUAUUACCGUCAUCAAAUCCCCAUAAUUUACACAAGUGAGCUGACCCGGGAAGAAGAUGUACUGGAAUGGUUGGUGCAGAAUAAAUCAACGGGAGAUGAAGAAGAUAUUAUUGAAGAUGUCACUGCAAAAGCAUUAGAUACGUUAAUUGGGUCCGUUGAUAAUCUAGUCGUCCUCUUUUAUGACAAUGAUGAGGAGGAUUCAAUGCAGGUGCUGGCCGAUUUGGAGACGAUUGAUGAUGACUGUGACAAACAUGGCAUCCAAUUUGUUAAGAUAGAUGAUGACUCAGCUGCUAGGGAAUUUGGCAUUGAUGAUGUGCCAGCAUUGGUAUACUUUGAGAAAGGAAUUCCAAAUGUUUAUGAUGGUGACUUUGAAAAUGAGGAUGAAAUAUUGGAAUGGUUAGUGGAUCAACUGGAGAAGGAUGAGAUAGAAGAUGUGACAGAUGAAAUGCUUGACAGGCUAAUCAAGGAAGGCAAAACCCUUGCAGUGUUAUUCUAUGACAACAAUGAACGUAAAUCACAACACGUGUUAAAUGAAUUGGAGAAUAUUGAUGAUGAGUGUGAUACACUUGGGAUUGUAUUUGUGAAGAUUGAUAACAGAGAUGAAGCCAAAGAAUAUGGUAUUGAGAAACUGCCAGCCCUGAUGUAUUUUGAAAAAGGAAUACCAACAACAUAUGAAGGCAACUUGGAGGAUGAAGAGAAGGUACUGGCAUGGCUGGAACAUCAGGUGAAAAGUGAUGAAAUUGAGGAUAUAACAGAUGAAAUGCUGGAUAUGCUAAUUGAUAAAAUGCCAUAUGUUGCUGUGCUUUUCUAUGAUAAAGAUCAGAAGAAGAGCCAGAAAGUUUUGUUAGAGCUGGAGAAUAUUGAUGAUGAGUGUGAUUCAAAUGGAAUUGCAUUUGUGAAGAUUGAUAAUGAUGAAGAGGCAAAAGAGUAUGGUAUUGACAAUAUUCCCACAUUAGUAUUUUUUGAAAAGAAGAUACCACAUGUGUAUGAAGGUGAUUUACUUCGGGAAGAAGAACUUCUAGGGUGGCUAGUACACCAGAAGAAGCAUAGUGAGAUUCCGGAAGUUACUGAUGAGAUGAUGGACCGUUUAAAAGAAAAAAUAGAGUUUCUUGCUGUGCUCUUUUAUGAUAAAGACAGUAAGCAAGAUAUAAGAGUAUUGAAUGAGAUGGAAAAUAUAGAUGAUGAUCUAGAAAAGGAAGGAAUAGUUAUAGUCCGUAUGGACAAUGAUGCAGAGGCCAAAGAAUAUGGCAUUGAUCACCUCCCAGCACUUAUUUAUUUUGAGGAUAAGCUACCAGCAAUAUAUGAAGGUGAUCUGCUUAAUGAAGAUGAGGUUCUGCAAUGGCUGAUAGAACAGAAAAAUUCUGCAACAAUUGAAGAAGUGACAGAUGAGAUUUUGGAGGACCUUAUUGAGGAACAUGAAUAUGUAGUAGUCUAUUUUAGUGGGCAUUGUGAAGAAGAUGAAGCUUGUGAUGAUAUUCUAGAAGAACUGGAAAACAUAGAUGAUGAAUUGGACGAAGCUGGAAUAAUCUUUGUUACAACAGAGGAUAUAAAUUUGGCAAAGAAACAUGGCAUCAGAACAUUUCCAUCCUUAGCAUUCUUCCGCAACAAGGAACUGCUUCUAUAUAAAGGUGAUAUUGAAGAUGAAGAUGAAGUUUUGGCAUGGUUGACUGAUGAAGAUACGCUUGAGAUCCCAGGUCGAAUUGAAGAAGUAAAUACACGUAUGCUAGAGAGAAUCUUUGAUGAAAAUGCCCAUGUUGUUGUAUUUUUCUAUGAAGAAGGUGACAAGAGAAGUCAGAAGAUCAUCAGUGAAUUAGAAAAUAUUGAUGAUGAAUGUGAAGAAAAAGAUAUAAGUUUUGUGAAAACAUCAGACCCAGGGAUUGAGAAGGAGUAUGAUCUGCCAUCACUUCCAGCUCUUGCUUUCUACAGGAACAAAUUCCGGCAGAUAUACACAGGAGACCUAAUGCAUGAAGAGCAAAUUCUGGAAUGGGUGCUGGACCUACAUGAAUCAACUCCAGACGUCAUAGAGAGUGUAGACAGAAAAACAUUGCAAGUUCUAAUUUCCAGUGUUGAACAUCUGGCUGUCUUUUUCUAUGACGACAAAUGUGAGUCCUGCUCUGCUAUCCUUGAUGAUCUGGAAACUAUUGAUGAUGACACCGAUAGGCAUGGUAUCCAAUUUGUUAAGUCCAAAGAUUCAAAACUAGCAUCAGAGAUUGGAAUCUUUAGCUUUCCAGCUUUAGUGUACUAUGAGACUGGAGUUCCUAUCAUGUACAAUGGUAAUCUUAAGAAUGAAGGAAAAGUUCUGGACUGGCUAAUUGAGCAAAGUGAAGAUAACGAUGAAGAUGACGAUUAUGAUGAUGAGGACAAUGAUGAUGAGGGGGAUGAUGAUGAUGAUGAUUACUUUAAUGAGAAUGAUGACGAUGAUGAGGAUGACGAUGAUGAUAAUGAUAUUAUUAUUUCAGGCAAAGGCUGUUUCUACAUUGGACUUGGAGGAAAAAGCGCAGUCCCCAAUCCUUCCUAUGAGCCCUAUCAGUGCUGUCCGAGCAAGGCCCCACGAAGCUCCAAGGUAGCCAACGCCAGCCCCACUACUGCUUCUGCCAGAAAAUUUGCUACCUCCAACAGCAGGCUAGACAAACCCUCAUUAAAAACAACUGGAAAAGAGUCCACUUCUCAAGACAACAAGCCUCUAGUCACUUCCAAAGACAAAGGCAAGGAUGCGUCUUCUGCAAAAGAAAAGCCUGAGAAGUCCAAGAGAGGAAAGAAAAGUUUUUUUGGGAGUGGUGAUAUUGAUGAUGAUGAGGAGAUUUUGGACUGGCUGACAGACCCUGAAAAUAUGGAACUGACAGAUCACAUUGAACGAGUCAACAGGAAAAUGUUCCAGAAAAUUCGACAAACAUCUGAUUACAUAGCUGUAUUCUUCUACAGUGACGACUGCAAACAGUGUAGCCGAGUGCUGGUUGAGAUAGAACACAUUGAUGAUGAAGCAGAUGGAGCUGGAAUAGACUUUGUUAAAAUUGAUGACAAGCAAAUGGCUAAAGAGUUGGGUGUGUUUGCUUUACCUGCUGUUGUGUUCUUCAAAAUGGGAUCCAAGGAGCCUGUAAUAUAUGCAGGAGAUUUGUACAAUGAGGAGCAACUCCUGAACUGGCUUUUGACCCAGAAAGAUCCCUCAGGUGAAGUUAUUGAAGCUCUAGAAGGGGAUGAACUCCGAAGUCUUAUCAACAGUGAAAAUUCAGUGGCUGUAUAUUUCUGGAACAAGACUUUCUGUGAUCUUUGCAAUUCCAAGCAAUUUCGCAAACAACUGCAGAAAAAGAAAGAGAGAGAGGGAGAACUCCUUCAUGAACUUCAUAAGGGUGCUGAGGGGGAGGAAGGCAACCACACUACUGGCAUCGAAGGGAAUAUAGAGGAUUCUAUUGAAGACUGUGAUCAGUGUCAGACUAUCUUAGAGGAACUGGAAAACAUUGACGAUGAUUGCGACCGGCAUGGAAUAAUAUUUGUUAAAACACAGGACUUCCAGGUUGCUGAAGAGUUUGGUAUAUCAGAUUUCCCAUGUCUUGUUUAUUUUGAAGAUGAAGUGCCAAAUGUUUUUGAAGGUGAACUUUCUGAGGAAGAGGAAGUACUCCAGUGGCUUAUCACUCAGAAGACUGAAGAGCGAAUUGAACUAAUCACGCGAGUUAUGCUGGAAGGGCUGGUGGAAGAUACACAAUACUUGGCUGUUUACUUUUAUAAGGUAAAUUGCCACAUCUGUGAUGAGAUUUUGGAAGGUCUAGAAAAUAUAGAUGAUGAAUGUGAUGUAUAUGGGAUUCAUAUGGUGAAGAUUCAAGACCCACAGUUGGCCAAGAGAUACUCAAUCAAGACUUUUCCUGCAUUGGUCUACUUUCGAAAUGGGAAUCCUCUGCUGUAUGAAGGUGACCUACAGAAUGAGCAGUCUGUCCUUGAGUGGUUAAUUGAUGAUGACAAUCGAGAACUGGCUGAUGAAAUUGAGGCUGUCAAUGAUCGAAUGCUGGAAAGACUAUUGGAGGAGUCACCGUUACUUGCUGUCUUUUUCUAUGAUGAAGAUUGUCCUGAAUGUGAUGAAAUUCUUGAACAUCUGGAACAGAUUGAUGGAGAUGCAGAUCAAUAUGGUGUUGAUAUGGUUAAAAUUAAUCAACCUGGGGCUGCAGAAAAGUAUAAUAUUAUUAACAGCCCAUCGUUAGUUUAUUUUCGCAAGAAAGUGCCUCUCUUAUAUGAUGGGGAUCUUCAUGAUGAAGAAAAAGUUCUAACAUGGCUAACAUCUCAAGAUAUAUUUGAAAUAAAAAACGAAAUUGAAGAAGUAAACCGCAAAAUGUUGGACAAGUUGCUUGAAGAAAACGAGUUUCUUGCGGUAUAUUUUUUAUUUUUUAUAGAUGAGCAUGAUUCAGAAGAAAGUGAUGCUGUGUUAGAAAAACUUGAGAAGAUAGAUGGUGAAAUAGAAAAUCUAGACAUCCCAUUUGUGAAGAUGGGAGAUCCACGUUAUGCAAGGAAAUGGGGUGUCACCAAACUUCCAUCUGUGGUUUAUUUCCGAAAGCGCUUUCCCAACAUAUACAGAGGUGACAUGAAUUCAGGUGAUGAGGUACUAGAGUGGUUACGCAAGAAUCGGUUCCGACAGCCAGAGUUAAAUAUCUUCAUGUAUGCAGUGAUUGCUCUUGCAAUCACUUUUGUCAUGUACACAGCAUGGCUUCUAUCAUGUUUUCGGCCUCACAUAAAGCAAGUAAUCUGAAGGUGUAUGGUUAUCAUAAUCAAGUUCUAUCAACUAGUUGAGGAAAUUAUUUACAUUUUGAAGCCUUCAAAUGUUCACCAAUUUUGUAACUAAACUCAUUGGUUAAAGAUGUACGAGUUAGCUUACAGUGCAAAAUAGAUGAGCAUUAUGCCACACACAUUGGCAGCUUUAAUUUAAACAAGAGAUGGAAUACUUGAAGCAGACUGGAAGAAUGCAAUUGUGUUGUGUCUGAACUUAAUGGGCUAAAGACAAAUCAAAGCAGGUACAUAUUUCCUGCCCUGUUGAGUAACUCUCAACUUCCAGCAGACUGUGCAUCAUCAUAUGUCAUAUUUACACACUUCCAUGGCAGUUAUAAUACUGAAAAUAAUACAUCUUAAUUUACCUUCAGGUUCCAUAAAAUGUUGGGAUAUUCUUGAAUAGUUGCACAUAUGGCAGCUUCUCAAGAAGGUCUCAGCUCCACGAGUUAGUAGUUAGUUAAUUAAUUAGUCUACCUAAUGUAUAAGGACAUCAAAACUGUCAAUACUCUGUCAUUUCCAGACUUAAUUUUAUUUCCAAGAAACAUAUUUUGAAAAAUGGUUUAAGAAGUUUGAGCAAGGUAGUAAAUGCCCUGAUAUAAAUCAUCAUCAUUAUUUACCUAUGUCCAUUUUCACUCUUAACAUAUUGUAAACCAAUAUAAUCACUUCAUUUUCAUCAUCACCACCACCAUCACCAGUGCCACCAUCUUCAUCACCUCCUCCUCCUCCUCCUCCUCCUCCUCCUCCACUUGUUGCUGUCUAUAUCAUCCUACAUUUCACUAUUCUUGGAAGUCCAAGUAAUAUGGGAACAUUAUUCUAUUUGUUAAUUCUGUAACUUCUGUAAAUAAAAAAUGAGAACUAUCUUGCCGUCUGGAUUUCUUUUCAAACAUGCAGCACAUUCAGAAGUCUGCGUAAAGUGCAAGUAUAUAAUUAAACAGGUAACCAAUAGAUUUUAUGUGGCACAUAUUCUGACCGAAGCACAAUAUAGAACGAAGUUGUUCUAGGUUCUGUAAAGACACUGCUGCCUGUCUUCAGAAUCAUUUAAAUCUUAUAAUCAAGUGUUAAGUCCAUUGGUUACAAAUAUGAUUUAAGAUUAAUGGAUUUAAAUGUCUCUUUCUAUAUAGUCUUGGACUUAAUUGUGGAAUGAAGUACUGGUCUGAUAUUGUCUGAUGAAUGUGAAUAUAUCUUUCAAUAUAUGAAUACUGAAUCCUGAACAUGGGAGUUUUGUAAUUAUUUUUUAGGAAUAAUAACAAUGUUAAUUUCAAAACUUCUACUUUUCCAUUACAUUGUGUAGAUGAGUAUUUUGCUGAACAACAAGCGAGUCAAAAAACAUGCAUUAUAAAUUCAGACUUUCUGUUUUAUUUACUUCCAGAUGCUGUAUUUUAUUAAGCAUUUUAUGAUCUGUAAUUUGUUUUUAAUAGAAAAGUAGAAGACUGAAAUCAAAAGUAUAUGAGAUGUCUGAUGUAUGUGUGAAUUUCCUACUUUGUUAUAUGCCCGUUAGAAUUCAAUUGGGAACUUAAUGUGCAAUCCCUUGAAAGUGUUUGUAUUAUAUAAGUUACAAAUGUUAUAGGUCAUAUUACAUUUUCAUCAGAAAUGUUACUACAGGAUUAUUAGAUUUCUAAUGUAAUGACUUCCAGAAUUUGUCAAAAUAUUUCUAUGGAUUCUGUACUGAUAAAACAAAGCAAUUUAUUUGUAAAUACAAUUGUAAAUAAACUGUGUCAGAAUUAGAA